AUGGCACGGACGAAGAAGAAACAGCAGGCGGUGCCUGCCCCAGCACCGGGCAGUCGUGAUGAGGCGGCCACGAGUUAUGGCACGCAGCAGCUUCCAGAUGCCCUGGAAUUGGCCAGAACUAGAGUGUUGUGCGGCCCAGAUGUCAAUAUACAUACUACCAGCACGAUCGCGGCCAGCCAGUGGGCAAGCCUGGGCGUGGAUGCCGCAUUUGACCUAGAGAAAUUUAAAAAGGGGUUCCAGGUUGACAUCACACGCUACGAGGGCUAUGACAUGGAGUUUGAGAUGAAGGGCGUGAGCUGCGCGUUGGCCAACUCGCUGCGCCGCAUCAUGAUUUCUGAAGCGCCCACCAUGGCCAUUGAGCACGUGUACAUUGUGAACAACACGUCAGUCAUACAGGACGAAGUGCUGAGCCACCGCCUGGGCCUGAUCCCGCUCAAAGUUGACCCGCGCCUGUUCCAGUACAAGGCCAAGGAGGACGCCCCCAGCGAGCAGAACACGAUUGUGCUGAAGCUCAAGGUGGAGUGCCGGCGGCUACCCAACAGCGGCAUGGAGAAUGACAAGGUGUACUCGCGGGACCUGCAGUGGCUGCCAGAGGGGAGUGAGAUGCCGGACGAGACGUCGUGCCGCUUCGCUAGCAGCCAGGCAGCCCUGGUUCCAGAGGACGUGCGACCGGUGCACGACGACAUCCUCAUUGCCAAGCUGCGGCCAGGGCAGGCCAUCGAGCUGGAGUGCCACUGCAUCAAGGGUGUGGGCGAUGACCACGCCAAGUGGUCGCCGGUGGCGACCACGUGGUAUCGUCUCAUGCCAGAAGUGGUGCUGCUGCAGCAGCCGCGGGGGAAGAUAGCGGAGGAGCUUGUAGAGCAGCUGCCGGGGCUGUUGCAGCUAUUGGGCAGCGGCGACCACGCGACGGUUGUGGUGGGGGACGCGCCGUGCAGUUUGUGCUGGGGUGCGUGUGUCGACAAGGAGCGGUACAUGCCAUAUCUGCAGCUGCGCAAGAUCAAGGACCACUUCAUUUUCACAAUAGAGUCUACGGGAGCGUGGCGGCCGCACGAGCUGUUCAAAUACGCGGUGCAGCUCAUGGUCAGCAAGUGUGACAAGGUGCUGGAAGGGCUGCAGGCCUUCCCAGCCCGCUCUUUCAAGACUUGA